UGAUAACAUCAAGUGUUGAGGACGAUAUGGCAAGCAACCAUCCUCACCAGGUGGCAACCAUUCCCCCCGGUAAGAUGCAACAAAGAAGACAACGUAGGAUGUUUUCGACCUCGGACGACACUGCCAUGAUGAAGCAAGUUCAGGCCACUCAUGCCCCAGAUGGUCGUGAAGUUGAUGUCAAGCCUGUUCUCCGAAUCAUAGAGGAAAUCUUGAUUAAUGUCAUUGCUCGUACCGUUGACGGUGAUGUUGAUGGGAAAAGAGAACAUGCUGAUUCUAUGGAGAAGGCUGCUAUUUUUGCUGAGUUGGACAUGCUUGAUACCUUAUCCUUUGUCAUAUACAAAAUUUCCUGUGAGUUAUCUUACCGGUGCCAAGGAGGUGGAGAUGCACAUACGACAACCAUGGGGAUCCUGAACAUGCUCUCUAGCUAUUCAUGGCAUGCAAAAGUGGUGCUAAUUUUAUCAGCCUUCGCUGUUAACUUUGGAGAAUUUUGGCUCGUUGCUCAGUUGGGUGCUACAAAUACACUUGCUAAAUCUGUGGCACUGCUCAAGCAACUACCUGAUCUCGUAGAGAACUAUGCCAAUCUGAAACAGCAAUUUGAUACAUUGAUCAAGCUAGUGAAGGCGAUUCUGGAUGUGACCAGAUGCAUCAUUGAGUUCAAAGAGCUACCCUCUGAGUACAUUUCAGAGGACACCCCUCCAAUAUCCGUUGCCAGUGCUCAUAUUCCUGUUGCAGCCUAUUGGACCAUCCGAAGUAUUGUGGCUUGUUCUUCGCAGAUUGCAAGUCUUGUAGGAUCGAGGAACGAGUAUGGCUCAACCUCCUCGGAGGAAUGGGAACUGUCAAGCUUGGCGCAUAAGAUGAGCAGUAUAUAUGAGCAUCUUCGGAAUCAACUGGCCAUUUGCUACCAAUAUAUAGAUGACAAGAGGCACAUCGAGGCCUUUCAAAAUUUGGUUCGUCUUUUUGAGACAGCCCACGUAGACAACAUGAAAAUUAUCAGGGCAUUGAUAUACGCCAAGGAUGACCCACCCCCUCUUAUAGAUGGACCUACCAAAACAAGGGUUAGUCUCGAGGUGCUGAGAAGGAAGCAUGUGUUGCUGCUGAUAUCAGAUCUUGAUCUCUCACAAGAAGAGAUCAUAAUACUUGAUAACUUGUAUAAAGAUGCAAGAGCAAGGGUUGAGACACAGUACGAAAUGGUGUGGAUUCCAGUAGUGGACAGAGCGACCUGGAAUGAUUUGGCUCGACAGAAGUUUGAACAUUUGCAAGCAUUAAUGCCAUGGUACAGUGUGAGGGACCCCCUGAUUAUUGAAUCAUAUGUGAUAAGGUAUAUCAGAGAGGUAUGGAAUUUCAUAAAGAGGGCUAUCUUAGUGGCCCUUGAUCCGAACGGCAGGCUAUGCUCUCCCAAUGCCCUCCACAUGUACUGGAUUUGGGGCAACCUGGCCUUUCCCUUCACUCGUGAGAAAGAAGAAUCCUUGUGGAAGUCAGAAGUCUGGAGCCUUGAGCUGCUUGUUGAUGGCAUUGAUCCUACAGUUCUAGAAUGGAUCGCAGAGAGCAAAUACAUAUGCCUGUAUGGAGGUGAAGAUCUUGAAUGGAUUCAAACAUUCACAAGCACUACAAUGAGUGUGGCGAGAGCUAACAACCUGUCAUUGGAGAUGGUUUAUGUAGGAAAGAACAACGCCAAAGAGAGGAUGUUGAGAAUGAUCAACACGUUUGCCACCAGAAAGUUCAGCUACUUCUGGCCGAACGUCACGUCCAUAUGGUUCUUCUGGACGAGAUUGGAGAGCAUGUUAUACUCAAAACUACAGCACGGGAAAAAAGUGGAGGACGACCAGAUUAUGAGUGAAGUGAUGUCGGUGCUGAGCUUCGACGGCAGCGAUCAGGGGUGGACCAUAUUCUGCAGAGGAGCACAUGAAAUGGCGAAAGCUAAGGGAGAGACGGCACUAAAAUGCCUGAAAGAGUUCGAGAAUUGGAAGGAGAGUGCAACAAGAGAUGGAUUCAUUCCGGCCAUGAAUGAAUAUCUGAAGCAGCUUCAGUCGCCACAUCACUGUAAUCGCCUCAUACUUCCAGGCACCGCUGGGGGAAUUCCAGAGCAGGUGGUGUGUGCUGAGUGUGGGCGUCCAAUGGAGAGGUACUUCAUGUAUCGCUGUUGUGUGGAGUGAGAGGCAGAGAACAUUAUAUAGAGGCGUUAUGUAUAUGUGUGUGUCUAUGUUGCUUGGCGAAAUAAUGUGUUUGGUUUGAGAGCUAGUGGGAGCUCUAUUCUGGGCUUGAAUCGUUGUGGUUGGUGUAGUUAGCUAGGAAUGAAUGAUGAAGAUGUGAAGUUAAAGAAGGAUGAUGUUUGCGUGUUUUGUUUUAAGGGCUCU